CUUGUGUGAAUGGACGGAUAGGCAGGCAAAGCCAGUGCUUGCGACGGGAGCUUGCGACAGGAGAGUAGAUAGAGCUUUAUGCAACGAGGUGGUUUCUAUACUCUCCACAAACGAGUGAUUUCUCUCAUAGCAAUCACACAGUGAUUCCCCCAGCUGCUGAUUACCGAGCUCGUGCCAACCGGAACUUGAGAAUUCCGACUGAGACCCAUAAGCUUAGCUGCGCGCUGAGCGGCGAGCAGCUCUACAUUCACGUACGCUCGAAAUUAGUCGUACAAGCGCGGUGUACGUAGUGCCUUGAGCGUGGUGGGAGCACUGCGCGGAGAACGGAUCACCCACGCGAACGGCGGGAGCAGGCAUGCUUUGCUGUUGACCGCCGCGCCGCAGACACGCGAAACCAUGGCCGCUGUUGAGUCUGCAGCGGCGGCAGCAGCAGCCGCCGGCGGCGCUACUAUGGCCGGCAACGGCCCGCUUCCCAGCUCCGCGCAGCCCAUGGGGGGAAAGGCGGAAGUGCCGCUGCUCGCGCUGCACCCCGCGGGGCAUAAUGCAGGCGGAGCCGCCGCGCAGCACUUCACCGGCGCACUUUCCGCGCCGUCCCCCGGCGGCGCUCGGGAACUGGCGGACGGCAACGGGGCUCGCGCGGAGGGGGGUAACUCCCCCGCGGACGGGGACGCGGGGGACGGCCCCGCCAACAGCAGCCCGCAGAGCAGCCCCGCGGGCUCGGGGGGCACCCAGACGCAAGAUGGCGGAGGCGGGGACACGGAGGAUAAAAAAGGUUCGUCCGCGGUUCGGGAGGAGUGGACGGACGACGCGACGGACGCGGUGUUGGAGGUGUGGGCGCGAAAGCACCUGUCUUUAAGCCGUGGCAAGCUCAAGAAGCACGAGUGGGAGGAGGUAGCGCAGCGCGUUAGCGAGAUCCUCGGUAACGGGAACGCCAAGACGUGGCUACAGUGUAAGAAUAAGAUCGACUCGAUUAAAAAGAAGUACAAGUCCGUGCGGUGCCAGCUCGCGGCGGGCGGCUCGGUUAAGCGCGAAUGGCGGCUGUACGACCGAGUAGAUUACCUCUUAGGCGGCGGCUCCGCGAGCCACGCGACAGGUAGCAUGGGCAGACCGCCUCCUAUCGGCACGGCGUCUUUAUUCUCCCCCGUGGGAGCCACGUCCAGCAAUAGCAGAAUGCCAGGUGGCGCCUUUGGGGCGGUUUACGGCAACGCCGGGAUCAACGGCGGGAUGAGCGGCGGCAUGGGCGGCGUGAUUGGCGGCGGGAUGGUGAAUAGUAUGCCGGGGGUGAUGAGCAGCGGCAUGGGGAACCUGAUGGGCGCCGCGAUGGGGAGUAACGGGCUCGUCAACGCCGCGGUUGCCGCCGCGAACGUCGCUCUGGGGACGAACGCCGCUCUAGGAUCGUCGCGCGGGUUUCCCGCGGCUAUGGGGUCCAUCGGGGGUGACAAUAACGGGGGUAACGAGCCGAGCGACGACGACGAUGACGAUGACGAUGACGACGACGACGACGAUGACGAGGACGGAGACGGAGCGAACGUCGGAACGAGCGGGCACGGCGGCGGCGGCGGCGUGGGGGGGGGUGGCGGCGCCGUCAGCAGCGGGAUCAACCCCCCGCUGCUGCAGGAAACGCUGAUGAAGCAGCGGCGGUCCUUCAGCCUUCCGCUAGAUCCGCGCAUGCAGCAGUACAUGAGCGGGAAACCCGCCGCUUCCCCCGGCGGGGGCGUGGGACCGGGGGGAAUGAUAGGAGGAAUGUCGAUGCCCGCGGGCGGGAUGAUGGCCGCAAUGGGCAGCCCCAUGGGCGGAGCGCUCAGCGCGUCCCCGCACCAACACGCCGCGCAAGCUUACGGGAUGGCGGCGGGGGGAAUCGGCGGGGGCGGAGUCAGCGGCGCAGGCGGAACCCUCGUUCCCGGGGGGAACGCCGUGCCCGGCGGAGCGAACGGCGCGCUGCGGCCGGCAGCGGCGAAGCUGAAGCGGAAGGCGUCGUCCGCGGCGGUGAAGGACCUGGCCUUGGCGGUGCGCGAGUUCGCGUCGGUGUACGAGCGCGUGGAGCGCGCCAAGGUGGACCAGAUGGUCGAGAUGGAGCGACUGCGCCUCGAGUUCAGCCGCGAAAUGGAGGUGCGCCGCAUGAAGGUGCAGCUCGAGGUCGCGCGGCUCGCGGGCGGCGGAAGCGGGGGCGGAGGGGGAGGGGGAGGGGGAGGGGGAGCGGGGGGUUGAAUGCUGCAGCCGCGGCGGCCGCGUUGGACCUGGCUGGCGGAGCGGAUGCGGGGAUUUCGGGGAUGGUGGGGGCGGGUUCCGCUCUUCCGCCGGGCUCGUUACAAUGAUAUUCGAUAAGAGCACUCUGUGAAGUGCCGUCAAGUCAGAGGAAACUCCGCUCAUCGAUCCCUGCUGACAACCAGCCAGCCACAUUCUCUCCUCCGCUCACCACCUGCAGCGGGUCUCAUCACUGGCUUAUGCACGUUCUGAUGCCACAUACCACCCUCACCCUGACCGCCCCCUCACUGACCUCCUCCCACCCUCUCAUCGACCUUGCUGCUCCUCUCAUUGAUCUCCCUCCCUCACACUCUCUGGGGACCUCCUAAGCUGGCUCUGCAAGCUCACUGAUCGCCACUCGUCCUCCUCUCCUCCCCGCAUUCAUCAGACACCACUUUACUCAACCCCUCAGGUCCCCCCCUGCUUCUUGCCCGUUCCAGCUGUCUCUGCUCACCCCCACUGCUCCCAGCACCCACUGCAGCAGCAACUUGAUCAUGAUCCUCCAUUCAUCUGUGACCCCAACUCCCCCAAAAGCACCUAGAGGGCUGCCAGCAGCAGCAGCAGCAGCAGCAGCAAUUCCAUCACCACUGCCAUUCCCCUUAGCUAGUGGUUGGAGUGGGCAGGUCUCCAGUUCAGGCAGUAAGCCUUCCAUUCCCCCCUCUAACGGCUGUUACCCCUGCAGUCAUAACCAGCCAAGUCUCCUACCAACCCCACUAGGAGAAACACCCCCACACCGCGCCUCCGGCCUACUGCUUGUGCAAUCCAGUCCCGUGUGUUCUACUCAUAUCUCAAUGUAAUGGAGAAGCGGAUGACUGGCUCUGCAAGUAGCUUUACUUCCGAAGAGGGGCACGGAUGGAGAGGGCUGCGUUGUGGGUUGACCACCUAUUUAGGUAGCCCAGCUUUAGAAUAUUACAACAGUUGUACACUCUUCUGGAUGCUUGAAGCCCUUUCUCCUGUAUGAGUUUUGGUACCUAUCCGCACAGCCGGUCAUG